AUGAGAGAAGUAAUACUGGCUGUCCAUGGAAUGACAUGCAGCGCCUGUGUUAAUACAAUUACUACACAGUUGCGAGCUUUGGAAGGUGUCACAAAAUGUGAUAUUAGUUUAGUGACUAAUGAGUGCCAGGUAAAAUACGAUAAUGAGGUUACCGCUGAUUCAAUCAAGGAAAUUAUAGAGGACUGUGGAUUCGAUUGUGAGGUACUAAGAGAUUCUGAUAUUACAGUUACGAGUACAAGAGAGGGAUUACUGAGCAUACGAGGUAUGACCUGCGGGUCAUGUGUUUCUACAGUCACCAAACAAGUGGAAGGCAUCGAGGGCGUGGAAUCGGUAGUAGUUUCUUUAGUAACAGAAGAGUGUCAUGUCAUUUAUGAUCCGUCCAAGACAACACUAGAAACCGUCAGAGAAAUGAUUGAAGAUUGCGGAUUUGAUUCAAGUAUUAUUAUAGAUGGCAAUGGAAGCGCCGACAUGGCAGAAAAAACCGUGAUUUUGAAAGUAACUAGAGCUUUUGAGGACGAAUCUCCACUCAUACUUUCUUCAAUAAGUGAAAGGUUUCAAUUUUUAUUGGAUCUAGGUGUAAAAUCGAUAGAAAUUUCCGAUGAUAUGCAUACACUUACCAUUAAAUAUAGUUCUACCGAACUCGGCAUUAGAGACUUAUUGACGCACCUUGAAAGCACCGGAUAUAAAUUCACCAUAUUUUCUAAUAUAGAUAAUACUACCCAAUUAAGAUUACUCUCUAAAGAGGAUGAGAUAAGAUUCUGGAAGAAAAACUGCAUAAAAUCCACCCUUUUGGCUAUAACAUGUAUGCUAUUGUAUAUGCUUGUGCCUAUGAUGGCACCAAAAGUUAUUCAAAACCACAUCUUCCCUUACAAAGAAACAUCUUUCAUCAAGGGUCUGUUUUAUAGAGAUAUUUUUGGCGUAGUAUUGGCAAGCUAUAUUCAGUUCGGCGUUGGUUUCUACUUUUACAAAGCCGCUUGGGCAUCGUUAAAACAUGGUUCAGGAACUAUGGAUACACUAGUUUGUGUUUCCACUACUUGUGCAUACACAUUUUCUGUAUUUUCUUUAGUUCACAAUAUGAUCCAUCCCUCAGAUGUUAGCAAACUUCCAAGGAUCGUUUUUGACACAUCAAUCAUGAUCAUUUCAUAUAUUUCUAUUGGGAAAUACUUGGAAACUUUAGCUAAGUCACAAACAUCAACCGCACUUUCUAAAUUGAUUCAGCUUACCCCCUCUGUGUGUUCAAUUGUAUCUGAUACGGACCGCAAUGAAACCAGGGAAAUCCCUAUAGAAUUAUUGCAAGUGAACGAUAUAGUGGAGAUCAAGCCAGGGAUGAAAAUUCCUGCUGAUGGAAUCAUAACAAGAGGUGAAUCUGAAAUUGACGAAUCGUUGAUGACCGGCGAAUCCAUCCUGGUGCCCAAGAAGAAAGGUUUCUCGGUUAUCGCAGGAUCCGUUAAUGGGCCUGGUCAUUUUUACUUCAGGACUACUACGGUUGGGGAGGAAACUAAAUUAGCAAAUAUUAUCAAGGUAAUGAAACAAGCACAAUUGAGUAAAGCUCCCAUUCAAGGGUACGCAGAUUAUUUGGCUUCCAUUUUUGUCCCGGGGAUUCUAAUCUUAGCACUACUAACUUUCUUCAUUUGGUGUUUUAUUCUGGGCACAUCAGCUAAUCCCCCCAUCGCUUUCACCACAAAUACUAAAGCUGAUAAUUUUUUUAUUUGCCUACAAACUGCUACCUCUGUUGUUAUCGUCGCAUGUCCAUGCGCAUUGGGACUUGCCACGCCGACUGCUAUAAUGGUGGGCACAGGGGUUGGAGCUCAAAAUGGUGUCUUAAUAAAGGGUGGGGAAGUGUUGGAAAAAUUUAACAGCAUUACCACUUUUGUUUUUGAUAAAACAGGCACCUUAACUACAGGUUUCAUGGUGGUGAAAAAAUUUCUCAAAGAUUUAAGUGGAAUUACAAAAUUGGAUGAAGAUGAAGUACUCGCCUGUAUAAAAGCAACAGAAUCCAUUAGUGACCAUCCAGUUUCAAAGGCAAUUGUUCGCUAUUGCGAUAGUUUGGGUCGUAAUAACGCUUUGAAUGCCGUGGUUUUAGAAAGCGAGUACGUGCUGGGAAAGGGAAUUAUCUCAAAGUGUAAAGCUAAUGGAAAUACUUAUGAUAUUCUUAUUGGUAACGAAGCAUUGGUUUCGGAAGAAGUGUUGAAAAAAUCCGGAAUUAUUAACAAUAACGUCGACCAAGGAAACACUGUAUCAUAUGUAGUAGUAAAUGGACACGUAUUCGGCUUGUUUGAGAUUAGUGAUGAAGUUAAACAUGAUUCUUACACAACAGUUCAGUAUCUACAAAGAAAUGGAUAUGAAACGUAUAUGAUCACUGGUGAUAAUAACUCAGCUGCAAAAAGAGUCGCUAGAGAAGUAGGUAUAAGCCUCGAAAAUGUUUACAGCAAUGUUUCGCCCACAGGCAAAUGCGACCUUGUGGAAAAAAUUCAAGAGAAAGAAGGCAAAAAUAAGGUUGCUGUUGUUGGUGAUGGGAUUAACGACGCUCCCGCUUUGGCACUGAGUGAUCUUGGUAUUGCAAUUUCAACCGGUACCGAGAUUGCCAUUGAAGCAGCUGACAUAGUUAUAUUGUGUGGUAAUGAUCCGAAUACUAAUAGUUUGAGAGGACUGGCCAACGCCAUUGAUAUUUCGCUAAAAACGUUCAAAAGAAUAAAGCUUAAUCUAUUCUGGGCACUUUGCUAUAAUAUCUUUAUGAUUCCAAUAGCCAUGGGUGUGCUUAUUCCCUGGGGUAUAACGCUUCCCCCAAUGCUCGCCGGUUUAGCGAUGGCAUUCAGCUCAGUCAGUGUCGUUCUUAGUUCGUUGAUGCUGAAGAGGUGGUCUCCACCGGAUAUUGAAUCUCAUGGGACUUCAGAUUUCAAGUCCAAAUUUUCAAUUGCGGAUCUCUGGUCAAGGCUUUUUUCUACUCGGACUAUUAUUGGUGAGCAAGACAUAGAAUCACAGGCCGGGCUAAUGUCAAAUGAAGAAGCCUUGUAA